AUGGAACUGUAUUCAGAAAUUUCGCGUCUUGCUCUUACGGAGGACGAAAAGACGACUCUGUGCGUGUAUUUUACCAAGAAUCCUGCCCAGAAAGAAGAUGCAGUCACUGUACUGUCAGUAUAUGGGGAUGACAAUGCGAGGAUUCGUAAGAGGCGCAAAAUAGAACUCAAGCAGAUACUGGAUGACCUCAGACCUGGUCAAGUCAAUCAAGUUGUUCAAAAAACUGCAACAAAGAUGUUUUUGGAUCGGACGGCUGCAUUAGAAGCAGCAUAUGAACUUUUGUCAAAAAACCAUUAUGGGCGAGAGUCAAAGCAAACUCAGGAUACCUAUUUUGGGUUAUGUUUUGGAGGUUGUGGGAUUGGCAAGACAGAGUUGGUGGCACAAUUCUGUAUGAAAAUGAUUUCAGAGAAUGGCAAGAUUCUUGUCUUGGAUUUGGAUAAGGAAAAUCACUCAUUUAAUAGAGAUGCAUGCAUGGAGGAUCAAUGGCUUGGGUUAUCACUGGCAACUGCAUACUAUGGUGGAGAAACUACAGGUUUGUCUGAAUUCAUCAACAUGCUACAACAAACAUAUGGCAAAGAAUCGCUAGCCUGCUUCAGUAAUACAAGUGAGGUGAUUGGAUUGAUUGUCAAUCAUUUCUGCAAAUGGAAGAAUAUAGAGGAAACACUAACUCUUGUAAUAUGGAAAGAUGACUAUCAGAUUGAAAUGGAGCAAUUCUCUAAUCCACAACUCAACAUAAUUCAAAAGAUUGGAAGAUACAAUUAUGUGCCUACAGGACAAAGCAAAGCUGCUGAACAGGAUGUCAUUCUUGUUCCUAUUCUGUCUGGAACUUUUGGUGGGGAUGUGAAAAGAACAAUUGUUGGGAGCCGGUAUUCUACACAAAUUCUAUCAACACCGCCACUAUCAUUCAAUUCUGCAGUCUCUGUUUUAGGAAUUUCCAAAGAUGUCCUUGAGCAAUCUCCAUUCAAACUCCACAUCUUGAUAUCUGAUAUUGGUGGAGUAGCCCGACUGCUUAUGGAUUUAGGCCGCAUGGGUGAUUUUUCAAAACCUCUUGAAGAGCAGGACAUUGAUAGGUUAGGGUCACAGAUGGUCAACAGAGUCUCAGAAUGUUAUAGUAUGGUUGUCCCAAAAGGUCAGCAUAGCAUAACAACUCUUCCAAAGUCAGCUCUUAAAGAACUUCUGAGAUGUAUUAUUACUGGAACAUCAGUCUCUGAGGACACUCUACUUCCAGAGACUGAAAUGAGCUUCCUUGAUCUUGACUGCUAUGGAAUUUUCCAUUAUAUCCUUUUACCAAAUGGUCGAUUUUCCAUAACAAUGCCAUAUAUUCUUUUAUGGAAGUUUAACAAUGAAGUAUCACUGUUACCACCUGAUCUUCUUACCUUUCCUUGUCGGCAGUGGACCUGGCAAGAUUUUGAGAAAUUGGAAGCCUAUUUGGAGAAACUAAGGGCUGGACAUGGUACAACAGUCAAAGAGCAAUUCCCCUAUACUUAUGCAAACACAAAAGUUUUGGAGUGGAAAAUUGAACCUUGGCAACAAAUGUCAGUUGAAAAAGAGAUAGCUCAAUGUGUUCCAGAAAAGGGCAAGUUUAAUCCUACCCAGUUCAACCCACCACAGAAUCACUUUAAUCGUGGUACACCUGCACCAACAGAAGCCACACCAGAGAAGUUAGAGGAAAAGGCGCGAAAAUGGCAGCAGAUGCAAUCUAAACGAUAUGGAGAGAAACGAAAAUUUGGAUUUGUUGAACAUGAAAAGGCUAAUAUGCCACCGGAACAUAUCAGAAAGAUUAUUAAAGAUCAUGGUGAUAUGUCAAGCAAAAAAUAUAGACAUGACAAACGCAUAUAUCUUGGUGCGCUAAAAUACGUACCUCAUGCCGUUCUUAAAUUACUCGAGAACAUGCCGAUGCCCUGGGAACAAGUUCGGGAAGUUCCAGUAUUAUAUCAUAUAACCGGUGCAAUAACCUUUGUAAAUGAAAUACCCUGGGUAAUCGAACCAGUCUACAUUGCUCAAUGGGGUACAAUGUGGAUUAUGAUGCGUAGGGAAAAACGGGAUCGUCGGCACUUUAAACGUAUGCGGUUUCCACCAUUUGACGACGAAGAACCGCCGCUUGAUUACGGCGAUAACAUUCUCGAUGUCGCUCCUCUGGAGGCCAUACAGAUGGAAUUGAACGAGGAAGAAGAUGCUGCCGUGAUGGAUUGGUUUUAUGAUCAUAAACCAUUGCUAGAUACAAAGUAUGUAAAUGGACCUACUUAUAGACGAUGGAAACUGGAUCUGCCAAUAAUGUCUACUCUGUAUCGACUGGCACAUCAGCUGUUGACAGACUUAACAGAUAAGAACUAUUUUUAUUUGUUCGAUUUGAAGAGUUUUUUCACGGCUAAGGCGUUGAAUAUGGCUAUUCCUGGAGGACCCAAAUUUGAACCUUUAUAUAGGGAUAUGGACACUGCGGACGACGAUUGGAACGAAUUCAAUGAUAUCAACAAAAUAAUUAUACGUCAACCUAUACGCACGGAAUAUAAAAUUGCAUUUCCAUUUUUAUACAACUCCCUUCCGCGAUCCGUACACGUUUCAUGGUACCACGAACCAACUGUAGUCUAUAUUCGAGCCGAAGAUCCUGAUUUACCAGCAUUUUACUUCGAUCCAAUUAUAAAUCCUAUUUCAUCUCGCACUGUUCAACCCGUAAACAUAACAACGUCUCACGAGGACGAGAUCUUUGGCGAUAGUGAUGUAGACGAAUUUACUCUACCAGAGAACGUUCAUUCGUUCCUAAAAGACAUCCCUUUGAGUACCGACACUACAGCUGACGGUAUAUCACUCUGGUGGGCUCCUCAUCCAUUUAAUAAACGAAGCGGAAGAACUCGACGCGCUGAAGAUGUGCCGCUCGUGAAGACAUGGUACUUGGAGCACUGCCCUCCCGGACACCCAGUCAAAGUUAGAGUUUCAUAUCAGAAACUGCUAAAAUGUUACGUCUUGAACGCACUAAAACAUCGGCCACCUAAAGCAUUGAAUAAAAAAUAUCUAUUUCGACAACUGAAGGCAACAAAAUUCUUUCAAACGACGGAACUAGAUUGGGUUGAAGCUGGAUUACAAGUUUGUCGGCAAGGUUACAAUAUGCUGAAUUUGUUGAUUCAUAGAAAGAAUUUAAAUUAUCUUCAUCUUGAUAUGAACUUUUCUUUGAAACCUGUGAAGACGUUGACCACAAAAGAGAGGAAAAAAUCUAGAUUUGGAAAUGCUUUUCAUUUGUGUCGUGAGAUCUUAAGAUUGACCAAGUUGAUUGUAGAUUCACAUGUUCAGUAUCGAUUAGGAAACGUUGAUGCAUUCCAAUUAGCUGACGGUUUACAAUACAUUUUUGCACACGUUGGUCAAUUAACGGGAAUGUAUCGAUACAAAUAUCGAUUGAUGAGACAGAUUCGUAUGACUAAAGAUUUAAAACACUUGAUCUACUAUCGGUUUAAUACUGGAGUUGUUGGAAAGGGCCCUGGGUGUGGGUUUUGGGCUCCUGGAUGGCGAGUUUGGCUAUUCUUUAUGCGAGGCAUAGUACCACUACUCGAACGAUGGCUCGGUAAUCUGUUGGCACGUCAUUUUGAGGGACGUCACUCAAAAGGCAUCGCCAAAACGGUAACUAAACAGCGGGUGGAGUCUCAUUAUGAUCUUGAGCUUAGAGCAGCAGUUAUGCACGAUAUUUUAGAUAUGAUGCCUGAAGGCAUUAAAGCCAACAAAUCAAAGACCAUACUACAACAUCUCAGUGAAGCGUGGCGAUGCUGGAAGGCUAACGUGCCAUGGCACAUUGUUGGUAUGCCAAAACCAAUAGAAAACAUGAUCCUCAGAUAUGUAAAAAGUAAGGCUGAUUGGUGGACUAGCGUCGCUCAUUACAACAGAGAAAGAAUCCGACGUGGUGCCACAGUCGACAAGACUGUAUGUAAAAAGAAUCUUGGCCGAUUGACUCGAUUAUGGCUCAAAGCUGAACAAGAACGACAACAUAACUAUCUCAAAGAUGGCCCAUAUAUUACUGCCGAAGAAGCCGUUGCUAUUUACACCUCAACAGUACAUUGGCUGGAGAGUCGAAAAUUCUCGCCAAUUCCGUUUCCUCCUUUAUCGUACAAGCAUGAUACAAAACUCUUGAUUUUGGCGUUGGAAAGAUUGAAAGAGGCGUAUAGCGUCAAGGGUAGACUUAAUCAAAGUCAACGUGAAGAAUUGGGGUUAAUUGAACAAGCAUACGACAACCCGCAUGAAGCAUUAAGCAGGAUUAAGCGUUUGCUCUUGACACAACGUGCGUUCAAAGAAGUAGGAAUCGAGUUUAUGGAUUUAUACUCUCACCUCAUUCCAGUCUUUGAUGUUGAGCCACUCGAGAAAAUUACAGACGCAUACUUGGAUCAAUAUCUUUGGUACGAAGGCACAAAGAGGAAUCUGUUUCCGGCAUGGAUCAAACCCUCAGACACAGAGCCACCACCGUUGCUUGUCUACAAAUUCUGUCAGGGUGUCAACAAUUUAACCGAUGUAUGGGAAACGUCCGACGGUUCCUGCAAUGUCAUGUUAGAAACUCAAUUUAGUAAAGUUUACGAAAAGAUCGAUUUAACGCUGCUGAACAGAUUAUUGAGAUUAAUCUUAGAUCACAAUCUUGCUGAUUACAUGACCGCCAAGAACAACGUCGUAUUAAAUUACAAAGACAUGAACCACGUGAACGCAUAUGGGCUUAUUCGAGGGCUGCAGUUUGCUAGCUUUAUAUUCCAAUACUAUGGUCUCAUUCUCGAUUUGCUGGUACUUGGGUUACAACGCGCAUCGGAAAUGGCUGGACCUCCUCAAAUGCCAAAUGAUUUCUUACAAUUUCGCGACAUAGUCACCGAGACGCGUCAUCCAAUUAGAUUGUACUGUAGAUAUAUCGACAAAAUCCAUAUAUUUUUCCGAUUUACUGCGGAUGAAGCAAGAGAUCUUAUACAGCGUUUCCUAACCGAACAUCCUGAUCCAAAUUCUGAGAAUCUUGUUGGAUACAAUAAUAAAAAAUGUUGGCCACGAGAUUGUAGAAUGCGCCUUAUGAAACACGACGUAAAUCUUGGUCGAGCUGUGUUUUGGGAUAUCAAGAAUCGUUUACCACGUUCUCUUACUACUAUUGAGUGGGAAGAUAGUUUCGUAAGCGUGUACUCGAAAGACAAUCCUAACUUACUGUUUGAUAUGUGUGGGUUCGAAGUACGUAUCCUUCCGCGAAUCCGGGCAAUAAACGAGGAAUUUACUCUCAAAGAUGGUGUUUGGAAUCUUAUCAACGAGCAGACAAAAGAACGUACUGCACAAGCCUUUCUGCGUGUUGACGAAGAAUCCAUGCAGAAAUUCCAUAACCGUGUACGUCAGAUUUUGAUGGCCAGCGGCAGCACUACAUUCUCCAAGAUAUCGAACAAAUGGAAUACGUGUUUGAUUGGUCUUAUGUCAUACUUCCGCGAGGCCGUUGUACACACACGUGAACUGUUAGACAUUAUCGUUAAAGCAGAAAACAAAAUUCAAACAAGAAUUAAAAUUGGACUCAACUCCAAAAUGCCUUCGCGUUUCCCGCCAGUUGUGUUUUAUUGUCCUAAGGAACUUGGCGGAUUAGGCAUGUUGUCAAUGGGUCACGUGUUGAUUCCGCAAUCCGAUCUCCGUUGGUCAAAGCAAACAGAAACUGGAAUCACUCAUUUCCGUUCUGGUAUGAGCCAUGAAGAAGACCAGUUAAUCCCUAAUUUGUAUCGAUACUUACAACCGUGGGAAUCCGAGUUUAUUGAUUCACAGCGAGUGUGGGCAGAAUAUGCACUUAAACGUGAGGAAGCCAACGCUCAAAAUCGUAGGUUAACAUUGGAAGAUUUGGAGGAUUCGUGGGAUCGGGGUCUACCAAGAAUCAAUACUCUGUUCUCGAAAGACAGACAUACUCUUGCAUACGAUAAGGGCUGGCGUGUUCGGACAGAAUUUAAACAAUACCAAAUUCUCAAAAAUAAUCCGUUUGCAUGGACGUCAGCCGCUCACGAUGGUAAAUUGUGGUCGUUGAACAACUAUCGAACUGAUAUGAUUCAAGCGCUUGGAGGAGUCGAGGGUAUCCUUGAACAUACUCUUUUCAAGGGAACUUACUUCUCUACGUGGGAGGGUCUAUUCUGGGAGAAAGCCAGUGGUUUCGAAGAGUCUAUGAGGUACAAGAAACUGACUAAUGCACAACGGUCCGGUCUGAACCAGAUUCCAAAUCGUCGAUUUACGCUUUGGUGGUCACCUACUAUUAACCGUGCCAAUGUGUAUGUUGGAUUCCAAGUCCAACUUGAUUUGACCGGUAUAUUUAUGCACGGAAAGAUCCCAACGCUUAAGAUUUCGUUAAUUCAGAUAUUCAGGGCACAUUUAUGGCAAAAGAUUCAUGAAUCUAUUGUAAUGGAUAUGUGUCAAGUAUUUGACAGUGAAUUGGAAAGCUUGCAGAUCGAAACUGUACAAAAAGAAACAAUUCAUCCGCGUAAAUCAUACAAAAUGAACUCAUCUUGUGCCGACAUAUUAUUGUUUGCUGCUUAUAAAUGGAAUGUUUCGAAACCCUCUUUGCUCAACGACACUAAAGACACGAUGGACGGCACCACAACAGCCCGCUGGUUUGUUGAUGUUCAGCUGAGAUGGGGAGAUUUCGACUCGCAUGAUAUUGAGCGAUACACCAGGGCGAAGUUCUUGGAUUAUACAACGGACAACAUGAGUAUUUAUCCUUCACCAUUUGGUAUAAUGAUCGGUAUAGAUCUAGCAUAUAACUUGCAUAGUGCAUACGGACAUUGGAUACCCGGCAUGAAACCUCUCAUCCAAUCAGCUAUGGCUAAGAUUAUGAAAGCCAACCCAGCCUUAUAUGUUCUUCGCGAGCGUAUUCGCAAAGGUCUACAGUUAUAUUCUUCGGAGCCGACUGAGCCUUAUUUGUCAUCACAAAACUACUCCGAAUUGUUUUCGAACCAAAUUAUCUGGUUCGUUGACGACACGAAUGUAUAUAGAGUAACAAUCCAUAAGACCUUCGAAGGGAACUUGACCACGAAACCAAUUAAUGGAGCCAUCUUUAUCUUCAAUCCACGUACUGGUCAGCUUUUCCUUAAGAUUAUCCAUACAUCCGUAUGGGCUGGCCAGAAACGUCUUGGUCAAUUAGCCAAAUGGAAAACAGCUGAAGAAGUUGCAGCCCUAAUUCGAUCUUUGCCCAUCGAAGAACAGCCUAAACAGAUUAUUGUCACGAGAAAGGGAAUGUUGGAUCCAUUAGAAGUACAUUGUCUUGAUUUCCCCAAUAUAGUGAUAAAAGGAAGCGAGCUUCAAUUGCCAUUCCAAGCUUGUCUGAAACUAGAGAAAUUCGGAGACUUGAUUCUCAAAGCUACCGAACCUCAAAUGUGUCUGUUUAACUUAUUCGACGACUGGCUGAAGACUAUUUCUCCCUAUACUGCAUUUUCUCGGCUUAUUCUUAUACUACGUGCAUUACACGUGAACACGGACAAGACUAAGAUGAUUUUGCGUCCAGAUAAGAAUACCAUUACCGAGCCGCAUCAUAUCUGGCCUACGUUGACCGAUGAGGAAUGGAUAAAGGUUGAAGUAGCUCUCAAGGAUCUAAUUCUUGCAGAUUAUGGCAAGAAGAAUAAUGUUAAUGUCGCAUCUCUUACACAAUCCGAAAUCCGUGAUAUUAUUCUUGGUAUGGAGAUUUCCGCCCCCUCGUUACAGAGACAACAAAUUGCAGAAAUUGAGAAGCAGACAAAGGAGCAAUCUCAGCUAACUGCCGUGACCACAAAGACACAAAAUAUCCGUGGUGAUGAAAUGAUUGUUACAACAACCAGCAAUUACGAAACGCAGACGUUCUCGUCAAAGACUGAAUGGCGUGUUCGAGCAAUAUCGUCUACUAAUCUUCAUCUUCGCACGAACCACAUAUAUGUUAACGCAGAUGAUAUAAGAGACACGGGAUAUACGUUCGUUCUGCCAAAGAAUGUGCUGAAACGAUUUAUUCAAAUUGCAGAUCUAAGAACACAAAUUGCGGCAUAUUUAUACGGCGUAUCGCCUAAAGACAAUGGGCAAGUAAAAGAGAUCCGUGCGCUCGUCAUUGUUCCGCAAUACGGCACUCACCAAACAGUCAACCUACCAAAUGCACUACCUGAUCACGAAUUCCUCAAAGACUUGGAGCCACUUGGUCUUAUUGUAACCCAACCAUUUGAGACAGCACAAUUAUCUGCUACAAUACUUUCUCUCCAUGCUAGAAUCGUUGCAGAGAACAAAUCUUGGGACGGUGACAAAACAAUUACAAUGACAGUCAGUUUCACACCUGGUUCAUGUUCACUGACAGCCUACAAGCUCACGCCUGCAGGCUUCGAAUGGGCGCGUAAUAAUAAGGAUACUUCACCUAAUCCACCUGGUUAUCUCCCAACAUUUGCCGAAAAAGUUCAAAUGUUAUUGUCUGAUCGAUUUAUGGGCCUUUUCAUGGUUCCUGAAAAUGGCGUUUGGAAUUACUCGUUUAUGGGUCCAUCCCAUAGCGCGAAUAUGAAAUACACGCUGAAACUCGACGUUCCGAAUGACUUUUAUCAUGAGCUUCACAGACCCCAACAUUUCCUCAACUUUAGUGCGAUGGAGGAAGACGUUGAAGCUGAUCGCGAAGACAUGUUUGCAUAG